CCUGGGACUCGCCCCUCUGGGGACCCUCGGAGUCCCCGGGCUCCGCUCCCCACCUCUGGGGACCUCGCCCCCUCCGCGCCCUCCCCGCACCCUGGAGGCCCGGCCGGACGCGACCCGGAGCCUCCACCGCCCGCUCCUGCCGCUCCAUGGAGGACGGUCUGCUGGAGAUCGUGACCAAGGACGGCGGCGACCUGCCGGCGCCCCUGGAGGUGUCCACAGUGCCGGCCGUGGGGGACGUGAUCUCCGGGGAGUACAACGGCGGCAUGAAGGAACUCAUGGAGCACCUGAAGGCCCAGCUGCAGGCCCUGUUUGAGGACGUGCGGGCCAUGCGAGGGGCGCUGGACGAGCAGGCCUCGCACAUCCAGGUGCUCUCGGACGACGUGUGCGCCAACCAGCGAGCCAUCGUCUCCAUGUGUCGGAUUAUGACCACGGCGCCCCGCCAGGGCGGCUUGGGCGUGGUCAGUGGCAAGGGGAACUUCCCGGGCGUUCCCCAAGAGCCCGAGACCCCUUCGGCCGGGGUGGGGGACGGCGGCUUGCUGGGUCGCGAUCCGGAGGACGAGGAGGACGAGGGAGAGGAGAAAGCGAUGCCCAGUCCUGCCACACCCACCAGUCACUGUGAGCGCUCGGAGAGCCCCUGCGCUGGUCUCCUUGGGGAGGACGGGCCACUUGUGGAGCCCCUCGACCUGCCUGACAUUACUCUGCUGCAGCUAGAUGGCGAGGCCUCCCUGUGAGGGGACUCCGCUGGGGCACUCACUUCCCCGGGCGGCUUUGGGUUUCCAAGUGCUUGAUGCGAGUGGACUGAACGGGGCGGUGCAGCAUGCUUCGCUCAAACUGCCUCUUAAUGGGUCAGGGAGAUGUCUCCCUCAAAAAAGGAUUUGCAGGGUGAAGGACUUUGGGAGCACCACGAAUUCUUUUAGCCCAACGAAGCAUCAUAGCAAACUGCAGAAAGGUGAGGCUCCGGGAGAGGAAGUGCCCAUCUCUGGACUCCUGAAUCCAUCCCCUACCCUGCCCUUUUCCCCUUCCCAGGAAACAGGAGGACCCUUGAAUUAUGUAAAUAAAAUUCCUCUUUUUCUAUUCUGAAAAAGGACUUAUCUAGGACCAUGGAAAAUAAUCUCUCGACGAUUUACCUAGAAAUUAAGGAAUUGGGGUAUUCUGUUCUGGCAACAGGAAAUUUACCCUUUUUUCUGAAAUCCGAGAUAUUCAGUGCUCUGCAGAAGCUCUCCCCCCUCACAGAUCUCUACCCCUGCUGAUUGGUAAAGGAAGCUUGAGGAGGGAAAUGCAGCCCUAGGAAUCUGGGUGAAUGGGGUUCCAAGGGCCCGUGGGCUGGGAGGAGCUGGCUAUGAAUGUGCAUGAAGACAUAAUAGCUCAAGCCCUAGGAUUUUGCAUGCAGAGCAGAUCCUGCCUUGUCACUGACUUCAUCUGGGAUUGCUUUUCCACUCACCCGGGGCCUAGAGAACAACAUGCCCAGUUCACAGGCAGAGACUGGACUGCUCAGCAACAGCCCAGAUUUAGGGGAUGUUUGAGGGACUCUUGGGGGCUGCAGCCCCAAACUGUCUUUUCUGGCUACACCUGCUUAACUUCAGUUCCCUUUUCUGUCAAUAUGUUCCUGCCCGCUGCCUCUUGGUGUUGCCUUCAUAAUGUCCUGUGUUAUGUGUGUCCACUUGUGUAGUAGUGUGUGAGCCCUCAGGGGCAGGGCUUGUGGCUCUGGUGUUAGGUUCAGGGGGCUUCAGACCCUUCUGUGAGCCCCAAGCUAUCAUGGCACUUUCCUCUUCCCCUUCUGCACCCCCUCCCCCAGCCGGGGCAUGGAGCAUGUGCCUGUCCUGAGGUCCUUAACCAAUGUGCUCCCCUCUUACCUUCCGAAGUGAUGACUGUGUGCCCUUUCCCUCUUUUGUAUAUCCUUUCACAAUGCUUUCCUUGGUGUUAACCUUAAUAAAAAGGCAUCAGCUCCCCUC